UAUUUUUCAUUCCGUUGCCGGCAACGCAAGCGCUCGGUCGUGUUCCUCUGCUCUACUCUCGGCUAUCAAAUCGACGGCGUCUAGCAAAAGCCACAGCCAGUGACGGCGAUACGCGCCAUCCACUCUCCCAGGGGGAUCUACGAGACUUCGUGCAACUCGGCCAUCGGCUGCAUUUAAAUCCAUUCUGUUUGAGAAUCCGUAGAACUUGCACUGCUUGGCCAUAAACCGCAUAGCCGGAUCAUAUCAGAUAGAGCCGGAGACGACAGCGAAAACGACAACGACGAGCGACAACGCGACGCGAUCUGUAAUCAGUUGAAAUUUCAGAAACCACACGUUUUUUACAUCUAUGGCGGCAAUGGCAGAGAACGAGCCGCUAGACGGGUCCGUUAGCCAGCCAAAUGGGCGCAUUAUCAGUGCCGAGGAGCGUGCCAAUGGGCACGCAUUGAAGACCAGCAACGGUCAAGUUCAUCGAGCCGCAUCCAAUGGCAAGAUCCAGGCGAAUGGCAACCAACAGCAUAUCGAGGCGCCCUGCUGUCGAGAUAUACACGGCAAGGAGCCGCCGGAUGGCGGCGCACGUGCCUGGCUGGUAAUGGUUAGCGCAUUCCUAUGCAACGGCGUCAUCUUUGGGCUAAUCAACACAUAUGGCGUACUUCACAAGCUGCUAACGGAGCGGCUGACCGCCCAGGGCGAUGCGGAGGCCAACAGCAAAGCGGCUCUGGUUGGCUCGCUGGCUAUUGGCACCACAUUCUUUUUAUCGCCUGUCGCUGGCUGUCUGACGGACAAGAUUGGCCUGCGUCUGACCACCUUCAUUGGUGGCAUGCUUGCAUCUGGCGGACUGUUGCUGUCAUCUUUUAGUACGGAUAAUAUUAAUUCCCUGUACUUUACGUAUGGCAUCAUGUUUGGGCUGGGCGGUGCCUUGGCCUACACGCCCACGCUGGCCAUAUUGGGGCACUAUUUCAAGCGUUACCUGGGCAAGGUGAGCGGCUUUGUGACGGCGGGAUCGAGUGUGUUUACUGUUAUACUGCCACCGGGUCUGGACUGGCUGCUGGGCAGCUAUGGACUGGAGGCAACGUUGAGGAUCAUGAGUCUGAUGGCUGCAUUUAUUAUCGUCUGCUCCUUUGUGUAUAAGCCGCUGCAUCUGCCCCUGCACGUGCCCAAGAAGAUCGGACGCUCUCGCUUGGCUGUGCUUAUGCGUUCGGUUAUCAAUGUGGAGAUCUGGAAACGCAAGCGCUAUGUCAUCUGGGCGCUGUGCGUGCCAUUGGCUCUCUUUGGGUACUUUGUGCCCUAUGUGCACAUGAUGAAGUUUGUGGAGGCAUCGUUUCCCGGCCGCGAUGUCAAUUUGCCCGUCAUGUGCAUUGGCGUCACCUCUGGCAUUGGCCGUCUCAUCUUUGGCGUCAUUGCCGAUAUGCCCGGCGUGAAUCGAAUGUACCUGCAGCAGCUGUCCCUGGUCUGCAUUGGCUUGGUCACUCUGCUGCUGCCCCUGACCAGCUCCUAUGUGCUGCUCGUCACCUUUGCAUUGGUUAUGGGCCUGUUCGAUGGCUGCUUCAUCUCCUUGCUGGGUCCGAUUGCCUACGAGAUCUGUGGACCCUCGGGCGCCACACAAGCCAUUGGCUUUCUGCUCGGCCUCUGCUCGCUGCCCCUGACCAUUGGGCCGCCCGUCGCCGGCAUGAUAUUCGAGCGAACUGGUUCGUACACGCUGCCAUUUAUACUAGCCGGACUGCCGCCUCUGCUCGGCUCCUCGAUGCUCUUCCUCAUGCGCUGCGUUAAGGAUGAGGGCGUGGCCAAAGCUACAAAUGGAGUCGCAGGCCAAAAAAAUGGUGACAUCGAGAACUCUUCCAAUGGCGACUAUCGCCUGAGUGCUGUCAAGUCGAGUGCUCCGCUCAUGGGCCCCAGCGAAAAUGGUGCCUCCAAUGGCUAUGCUGUGACCAACGGCUCAGCAAGUGCUGCCAAAUCCAUAGGCUCGACUGAACAUCCAAAUGGUCUCAAUGGACAUGCCAAUGGGCAUGUGGAUGUGACAGAUUCCACAACUGAGAAACUCACCGACACGCCGGGAUCCUAGACAAAGUCGCUGUCGUCUACUCAAAACUCAAAAUUCCACACAA